UUCGAGUGAGUAAUUGUGCGCGCCGCGCUCGCACAGCCUUGUGCACCCAGCACCAAAAAAAAGUAUGGCGGCGAACGUCAUCGACCUCGCUUUGUCGGAUGACGAGAACGAGCAACCGCAGCAACCGGUCGUCGCGCCGCAGCGCUCGACCGCAAAUAUUUUACAAUUAGCCUUGGCGAGGGCCGGCGGCGCGCAGUUCCGCCAGCCGCAGCAAGCGAGGCAACAAGUCCUCCAGCAGGCGCGGCAGGCCCUCUACGGCGCACCCGGCUUCGGCUCCAUGCAGUCUUCGUAUCAAUUUGAAAACGUCGUACUAGCGGUCGCCGACGCCUCGCACUUCCGCAUCACCUCCGACAGUAGAAUGCCCUCGUCCGUAAACCAGGUCGCCAACGCGACCCCGGAAGCGACCUGGGAGGACGACUGCUGGAAGGUGCCCUUGGACAAGUACCAGACCACGGUUUAUGCUUUAACGCAAGCCGGCGUGAGGUUCGAACCCAUCCCGACGCAAGUUUUGUCCGCCCUAUCAGCUGCCGAUGAUUCCAACAACGACUGGCAGGCCGGCAAUUCCAGAAUGGACGAGGAGGGCUACGCCAAAGGUGAUCAAGAUGAUGCCGACGCCGUGUCAGAUGUUCCGAGGAGCGUCUGGCGAGCUUUGGCGCCGUUUCAAAGAUACGGCGUCUCCUGGAUCGUCAAGAACAAUGGCCGAGCGUUGCUAGCCGACGAGCCGGGUCUCGGAAAGACGAUUCAAGCGAUAGGCGCGGCUACUGCUUAUUACCACGAAUGGCCUUUAUUAGUCGUGUGCCCGUCCUCAGCCAGAUUCCACUGGGAGCACGAGUUCCGGACCUGGCUCCCGGACGAAGAUUAUAUACCGGCCGGGGAGAGCGGCGUGCUUGUGGUCACGAGCCAAGCGAUGGCCGAGUUCAUCGGAGAAGCCAUGAUCGUUAUCGUAUCUUACGACUUAGCUCAUAGAGAUACCGUGUGUGACGCUUUGUACAAGAUGCGUCCGAACGUCGUGAUUUGUGAUGAAAGUCACUACUUAAAAAACGGCAAGGCUAGACGGACCCAGAAAUUGUUGCCUUUACUGACGGGCGCGAAACGAGCUAUUUUGAUGUCAGGGACACCCGCUCUCUCAAGACCGAACGAGAUCUUCACGCAGCUCAAGGCCAUCGACCAGGACAAGUGGAACGACCCUCACUUGUUCUCGAAGAGGUACUGCCAAUCUAGGAGAGUGAAAGAAGGCGACACCUACACGCACGCGUCCAAUAUUGAGGAGUUACAUACGCUGUUGACGGCCUCGAUCAUGCUCCGCCGCAUCAAGGCGAACAUCCUCAAGCAGCUUCCGAAGAAGAAGCGGUUGACGCGAACAGUAGCUGUGGAGGACAAGACCGUCGCGGCCGAACUCCGAGCUGAUUUGGAGGAGUUCCGGGAGCGGGCGUCGGAGCUCGCGGAGUUAUCCGCCGACGCGCGGCGCCUGAAGCGGAAACGACCAAGGGCGGCGUCCUUCGUCGAGGAGGAGAAGACCCAGGAGAACGCCGUCAUCGACAUCGAGGCGCAGCAGCGGCGCGAGAUGGCGCAGCAGAAGAAGGCCCUGUUGAUGUCCUUGUUUCGUAGAACCGGUCCCGCGAAAUUACCGGCUGCGGAACUUAGGAUCAAGGAAUUAUUGUCAGAUGAGGCGGGGGAGAAGAUUUUGGUUUUUGGCCAUCAUCGGACAGUGCUGGAUUACCUCAGCAAAGGCAUAUUGCGGACGGUGCCCCAUAUUGUGAUUAACGGGUCGACGGCGCCCCGAGAUAGACAGGCUCUGGCUACGAAGUUCCAGACGGACCCUCGCGUGCGGGUGGCUGUGCUCGGCAUUACCGCCGCGGGUGUGGCACUCACAUUAACUGCAGCCUCUCGUGUGAUCUUCACGGAGCUAUACUGGACGCCGGCCGCGUUGUUGCAAGCGGAGGACCGGAGCCACCGCAUCGGCCAGACGGCCGAGGUGAAAGUUGAAUACUUGUUGGCGCCGGAUACGGUCGAUGAUUUGUUAUGGCCUUUAGUACAUCACAAGAUGAAGCUACUCGGCGAGCUAUUUGAUAAUGAUCGGGAACAGGGCCUGGAAACGGCGGAGCGCAAGAAGAAGCAGGAAGAACUAAGUGAGGAAGAAGACGAGGAGCACCGCUUCUCGGAGGACGAGGAGGGGGACGACCUCAUCUUGGACGACGAAUUGGAAGCCCUCGAUCGGGAAGAUGAGGACGCCAAGGACAUCGCCAGGGUCAACGAGGACGAGGACGGGCGCGUGUCGCCGCCGCCUCCCCCUGCUCCCGUGGUCCAGCGCCAGGCUUCCGACAGCCAGGCGGCGCUCUUCGACGACGACAACUUCGUCUUCUAGGAUUUUUAUAUAUGGCCUCGGCCUCGUGUAACGAACGUAGUAAUUAACAAAC